AUUAUUGAUAAAUAGACGGAACGCAAAUACGCAAUCACCGAUCUCGCUCUGUCUUUCUCUCUCUCUCUCCAUCUUCUUUAGACUACUAAAAAAAAAAGUCGGAGUCUUUUCUUCGGUGUGAGACUUUGGGGGGAUCGGCUAAAGCUAUGGAUGAAGAGUACGAAGUCAUUGUUCUGGGUACUGGUCUCAAGGAGUGCAUCCUCAGUGGUCUUCUCUCCGUCGAUGGUAUUAAGGUACUUCACAUGGACAGGAAUGAUUACUACGGUGGAGAGUCAACAUCUCUUAAUCUCAAUCAGCUGUGGAAGAAGUUCAGGGGAGAAGAAAAGGCUCCUGCUCAUUUAGGCUCUAGCAGAGACUACAAUGUUGACAUGAUGCCUAAGUUUAUGAUGGCCAAUGGAAAGCUUGUUCGUGUCCUUAUUCAUACGGAUGUGACUAAGUACUUGUCUUUUAAAGCUGUUGAUGGAAGCUAUGUUUUUGUCAAAGGCAAGGUCCAAAAGGUGCCAGCAACUCCAAUGGAGGCCCUCAAAUCUCCUCUUAUGGGUAUUUUUGAGAAACGCCGAGCUGGAAAGUUUUUCAGCUAUGUUCAGGAUUACGACGAGAAGGACCCAAAAACACAUAAUGGAAUGGAUUUGAGAAGAGUUACAACGAAGGAGUUGAUUGCGACAUUCGGUCUUGGUGAAGAUACUAUUGACUUUAUUGGUCAUGCGGUGGCACUUCACUGUAAUGACAAUCAUCUCCACCAGCCUGCCUAUGAUACUGUUAUGAGAAUGAAGCUUUAUGCGGAGUCCCUUGCACGUUUCCAAGGAGGUUCACCAUAUAUUUAUCCUCUCUAUGGGUUGGGAGAAUUGCCUCAGGCAUUUGCACGGCUUAGUGCUGUCUAUGGUGGGACAUAUAUGUUGAACAAACCUGAGUGUAAGGUAGAGUUCGAUGAGGAGGGUAAGGUUACUGGUGUUACAUCUGAGGGAGAGACUGCCAAAUGCAAGAAAGUUGUCUGCGAUCCAUCUUACCUGCCCAACAAGGUCAGGAAGAUUGGAAAGGUUGCUCGGGCAAUUGCUAUUAUGAGCCAUCCUAUUCCAAACACCAAUGAUUCUCACUCAGUGCAAGUCAUCCUACCCCAAAAACAAUUGGGCCGCAAAUCAGACAUGUAUGUCUUCUGUUGUUCGUAUUCACACAACGUUGCUCCCAAGGGAAAAUUCAUAGCAUUUGUGUCGACAGACGCUGAAACUGAUAACCCUCAAACCGAGCUCAAGCCUGGAAUCGACCUUCUUGGUCCUGUUGAUGAGCUGUUCUUCGACAUCUAUGAUAGAUAUGAGCCUGUUAACGAACCCACUUUGGACAACUGCUUCAUUUCAACGAGUUAUGAUGCUACAACACACUUUGACACAACUGUUGUUGAUGUGUUGAACAUGUAUAAACUGAUCACUGGAAAGGAAUUGGAUCUAAGUGUGGAUCUUAACGCAGCUAGUGCUGCAGAGGAAUGAUGGAAACAAAUUUGCAAGCUCUGUCUCUCUUCUCUCUCUGUACUAUCACCAUGAUGUAUAAUCGGUUCUCUUUCGCCCCUCGUUAUGUUGUCUGUUAGAUGCAGAUUUUAUCGUUAUCACCAGUUUCCCUUUACCCUGUUUUUAUAAACGCAAUGUUAAAACCAAAAAUGUUGGAUUUCGUGGUUCCUGUUUGGAGUGACAUCUAACAGAGAAUCCUCUUUUACUUC